AUGACGUCUUUAGUCACCAGGGCGUGUUUGCCAUUUUUGGAGCCUUUCCCAUCGGAGUGCCAAAUCCUUGGUGGGUACAGGCUGAAGGAUAUGACACUUAUGUCUGUCUCGGAAUUGAAUGCAAUGAAUUACUUGAAGCAACAUAAGAGUGAAAUUUGUACUGGGAGCUCAAAAAAGGCAGACAAGGCCGUUCAAGAAGGCCAUGGGCACCACACUCACGGACAUGGACAUCAUCAUCACGGUCACGGUCACGGGCAUGGACACCGUCAUCACAGUCAUCAUCAUGGACAUUCCAGAAGGGGUCCUCUGCAUCCCAGUAAACCCCAUGGUCAUCAUCAUGGCCAUAGCCAUGAUUUGAGCUCCGUGAAGGCAAUUGCAUGGACAAUUGUGGCUGGAGAUGGUCUGCAUAACUUCUGUGAUGGUAUCGCUAUCGGUGCCUCCUUUGCUGUUGGUAUUAAUGGGGGUAUUUCUACUGCACUGACUGUUCUCUGCCAUGAAUUGCCUCAUGAACUUGGUCAGUGUGUAAAAUUGGCCAAUACUGCGUUGAGGAGUCGUGGUGGUGGUGGUGGUGGUGGAGGGCGGGGGGAG